UUUAAACAUUGGUUUUGAUUUUGUUUAUAUAUUCACCUACUAGUUGUUUUUGUUGCCUUAUUGUUUUGUUGUGUUUUCUCGUCUCGUGGUGCUUUUGUGUGUUUUUAUUUUGUAUUUUUGUUGUGUUUCCGACCCGUUCGUGCCAUGUGACUGAGCUUUCCGAAUAAAAAUCUGAUCGAAGUGGGACAGUCAGCGAUGUCUAGGCGUAAGCAAAGCAAUCCGAAGCCCCUAAAAAGUGAGGCCCAUGACAAGUUGCCAGUAGAGUUUUCUUCUGAUACCGAACCGCGUAAAGGCGAGGUGGAAGAUUGGAACGGUUCCGACGUCGCAUCAUCAGAGGGUAGUGGUACCGCAAGCAACAUGGUUACCGCAACCGAAGCGGUACCGAAAAGAAGCGAGACGCCAGACAAACCCAAUUGUCCCGACGAUGACGACAGGAAAAGUCCGACGAAACCCGACCUGGACGAUAAACAACCUCGGAUCCGGUUAAAGGCGUCUCUUGCGACCGACCCCGCGUUACAUGCUCAAAACUUGAUUCCGGGUUUGCGGAACGAUGUGGAACCCUCCCAGUCGCAAAACAAGUACCUGGUGUCCCUCCCGCAAGCGAUCCAGAGCGCUUUGGCAUCCAGGGCGUUUCUUCUUCCGGUAGGUCUAAACCUGGAGGCGGUUGCAGCAGCGACGAGAUCUGUCGAAGCGCCUUCGGAGCCUACUAAACCGUUACCGCCCGUUUAUCAAUGCAGUCCCUGUGGAAUUCGCUUCUCGUCGUUAAGUACACUGGAGGCGCAUCAGACGUACUACUGUUCUCACAGGAUAAACAAGGUUGACGAGGAUUCGAAAGCGUCGGCGAGCGGUGCGGUCGAUUCAAGUGGAAAUCAAUCGGACGCCGACUGUUCCGAACCAUCAAACAAGAGUUUGCGCAGCGGCAAACAAUAUACGUGCAUGCACUGCUCCUAUAGCGCAGACAAGAAAGUGAGCCUAAACAGGCACAUGCGAAUGCAUACGGUAUCACCCCCCGCCCCCAUCGCCGGUUCUGCGACCGCGGUGGUCACCAACGGUGAUACGGCUUCGUCCGAUGCCCAGGAUCGGUACUGUGCGGAAUGUGACAUUCGGUUUAGUUCAUUGAAGACGUAUCGCGCACACAAAAUACACUAUUGCAAUUCGAGACACGUGGUGAAAUCGACAAUCCCAGCCAAAACUACGUCUAGCUGUACGUCGGGUUCGUCGCCGACGUCGCCCGUAGAUCCGUCAACGUGUCGGACUCCGCCAUCGCCAACCUCGCAGGUUCCUCCUCCUCAACAACCUUUUUUGGCGUUACCGACCAAUCCCAUUAUAAUCGUGCCAUAUUCUUUGUUCCGUUCGGCCAGCGUUUUACCGGCUCUUUCCACGGCAUCGGGACUACCUAAUCCGGACACUCCGUGUUUCUUGCUUCCGAAUGGUACCCUCGCUCCAAUGACCAGUGCCAUACCGCCAGCCGCGACGACGGUGCCUCAGCCGGAAGUACUAAAGUCGGUAAACAAAGCCAAAGACUUGCCGGUUAGUAAUUCGUCGGCGCCGUUGGAUCUCAGCGUAAGGAAAACCCCAUCACCAAAAGAACUGGUAGUCGACGUAUCCGACGAACACGAAAAGGAGAACCUGAAAACUCCGACGCUGUCUCCGGAGAAAAUUGAAUGUGAGCCUUCUAUACAAGGUUCGCCGCCUUCGACGCCUGCUUCGAAUGCUAACGCUUCCCCCUCCCUGAGUAACAAUUCUCCCAAGAGGAAAUACGAAGAAACGUCCAGAAGCAACAGUCCCAGAUCUUUGCGCACUCCGAAAUCCAAUCCCGGCGGAACGGAGAAAUCUAGAACCAGCCCGGACAUCACCGUACCGACCUUCGAUAUCCACACCGCGUUGCAUCCCCUGUUGUUCAGAUCGGGAAACAUACCACUGAUCCCGCCCGAACUGCAGAUGCGUUUAUCGGAUGUACCCACGUUACCACCCGUAAUGCCCCAAGUGAUAGUCAAGCAGGGAGUGUCCAAGUGCAAGGAGUGCAAUAUCGUGUUCUACAAGCACGAGAACUACGUCAUACAUAAAAAGCACUAUUGUUCGGCUCGAUCUCUCGAAGAUGAAAAUUCCAAAACUUCGGGGAGUCCGCCCGUAAGCCCGAGGAGCGCGGGCACCACGAGUCCCGCGGCGCAGUACCAACAGCUGAUUUGCUUGGCCUGCGGGAUUAAGUUUACCUCACCCGAUAAUCUGAACGCCCAUCAGCAGUACUACUGCCUGAAGAGGAGCGAGUUGGAGGUUCGAAAAUGUCUCAAAUGUCGGAGCGUCAUGGAACCCGGACAUCAGUGUAUAUCACAUGCAGCGGUUUCUGGUUGGAAAUGUCCGUGCUGUGACGUCAUUAGUGCCACGUCAAGUGCGGCGCAGAGACAUAUGGAAACCCAUACAGGUGUAAAAGCCUAUAGAUGUACAAUCUGUAAAUAUAAGGGAAACACUUUGCGAGGAAUGAGAACCCACAUUCGAAUGCAUUUUGACAAGAGAUCGCCAGAUUUGCAGGAGGAGAAGUACAUAACCUACAUUCUGGAUGACGAAACUUCCAAUCCGGGCAUGUCGGAAAUGUCGAUCCCUCACUCUGCCCCGUCUGAUGAAAGAGCUGUAUCCCCAGCGUCAGAAUCUAGACCAGAAGCUUCCCACGCAUGUCCUCAAUGUCCGUACAGUUCUCCAUAUAAAGCUAACGUCAUCAGACACAUAAAACUUGUGCACGAGUCAACGGCCAAUGAGAAUAUCGCUCUUAAUGGGGACGAAAAAAACACAAGCAAAUCUAUGCCCGUAUUAGACGAAGAGGAGGAAGUAAUAGUUAAAAAAGAGGCAAUGGAACCGGAAGUGAUCAUAGCCCCGGCGGAGGGCGCCUCGAUUAAAGAAGAAAUGGAAUCUGCAGGCGAUCCCAAUUGCAAAAACCCUGACGCUGAGAUCCUACAAGAGGCUCAGAAAUCCGGCGCUAAAUAUUGCAAAUCGUGUGAUAUUUACUUCAACUACUCCUCAACGUUUAUAGCACAUAAAAAAUUUUACUGCUCCAGUCAUGCCGGUGAAAUUUCGGCCGCCAACGCGAGUAAUAACAAUAACAACAAUCAGCCGUCUCGCACUGCAGAGACACCUGUGUUGUAAUGGUGGAAUUAAGUUGAGUGAUAUUUGAUCUGGAAAGUGUUGAGGUUUGUGAAGUACUGUUAUUUGAGGUGAAUUCAGGCGAAUUUUGAUUUUUUUCUUUUUUGGGACUACUUAUUUUAUUUAGAGAGUCAGAUUUAUUUCAGACUCUGCUUCUAUUUCACUGAAAUUUUGUGUGAAUUUCGACAAUGUGUUUACAAAAGUAACUGUCAAAGAUUCAACAUUGUUAAUUUAUAUUAAAAGGCACUAUGGGCCUGAAUUCACUCCAAAUAGGGUAAAACGCUUGAAUUUGCAUUGCUACCAUUCUAAAAUUUUGUAUACCCACAUUCCAUAUAUUUUUGAAUAAUAUUGUUUCACAAAACUUUGGUAUUCUGUGACUGAACUGUUGAAUAGAUUAAUAAUUGUUAAUCUCAAUUGUUUCCAACUGAUAAAUUGUUGAUUUGGGCCAGUUAAGUAUCUAAUGUUAUUGUAUACGCAUUUUUGAUGUCCAUGAGGCUCUAUACUAGCGCAGUAUAAAUUAAGAUUAUGCAGACAAUUAGUAACAGAAUGUUUCUGUGCUUUAAAAUCGUAAUGAAAUAAUGUAAAUGUGAAUCUCCAAAUUUUAAAGCACAUGAAGCAAUUAUCAAAUUGCCAAGUGAUGACAUGAAGAAAUAAUAGUUCGCAAUCGCUGCCAGCAGUACAAUCCACAAACUAUUGAAAUGGAAAAAGCGGAAGUUAUGUGUUCAAAACAAAUUUUUGGAUAUUGCAAUCUGUUCCCUAAAACACUAAAUACCAGUUUAUUUCCGUUUCUGUUUCUUAUUUACGCGAGAAUUUUUAUAAAACAUUUAAUUUAAUUUUUUAUCGAGAACAAGAUCAUUAAAAUUUGAAAAUAUUUUAUGCGGUCAACUGAACAUUAAAUUUCUUUUUUGGAUGGAUGUUAAAAAAAUCUUUGAUAUAUCCUAGGUUAUAUUGAAAAUCAGUCAGGGUAAACUUUUGUAGUUUGUUGACUGCUGUAUCCCUUUCAAUUACAGGUAUUACAAUAUGUGUAUGUAUAGUUAUUACAAUAUAUGUUAAAAGUGACUCUUCAUGGUUAAAUAAAACUAAAACUGAUAUUUAUUUAAUAAUUGGUCAUAAAAAAGUAAAUACUUAUUGCCAGUAAAGUAAUAUUUUCGUUAUUUUAUAAAUUCAUUAUUUUUUGGUAAUGAAAACGAAAUAUCUUGAAAAUGUUAUAGUAAAUAAUGGUGUUGCAUCAAAUUUAAUCUAAAUAAUUUCAUUUAUAAAUCAGUUUAAGAGAAACUUGUAGCAGUUAAAUAAGAAAUCAAAAUUUGGGUUCGUUUAAUCGUUAUAUUAGAAGGUAAAGGAUAAAACGUUUAUAAAAUGGUUGUCUGUAUAGCUAGAACUAUUAUUUUUUUUGCUCAUAUGAUGUGUAAAUCCCAAAAUUAAUAGGAAUGCAUUAACAUGUAUACCAUAAAAUAAAGUUAAAAAAUGUGGCAAUUUACCUUACAUAAUCCAGUAUAUAUAAAAACAUAGGAUUACAGUUAAAAUUAAAAGUUUAGAUUUGUUUUGUAUAAAGAUUUAUUUGUCUAGUUCUAAGUUAUAAAUUUGUUAAACGGAAAAUAUAAAUAUUAUGCCAAAGCAUUUUUUUUUCUGAAAGGUAUCAAAUUCACACAUAAUAAGGUAGGCUUCCUAAGUUUUUGUAUGGUUAUAAUUCUCUUAUAGUUGUAAAAAUGAAUCUAUGUCCGAUGUUAAAAACAUCAAUCUAUAAUGUCAUUUAAACAUUGUAACAGGUGAUGAUUACCAUUCUUGGAGACAAUAAAAUUAUUUAUUUCUUAAUCAUUCCUUUACUACCCCUAUGUUCAAUAUCCACAACACUUCUCAUAAAUUUUUGUUGAGACACAUACAAUUAUCUAACUUUUGUUAUAAUUCUGUACUAAAAACAUCUUUUCCUGACCCAUGUGGAUAUAUACCAUUUUUCAAUUUUUUACAUCAAGAUG